AUGGUGCCGGUGAUCGAGUAUGUGUACACGUUCAAGGUGCGGCUGCUGCACGAGUCGAGCGCCCUGCAGACACUUAGGCUGGCGCUGUGGGUUGGAAUGGGGGACCGCAUCAUAUACUCGUGUCUACGGGUCGCUGUUAGGCAGGUUACGUUGGAUACGUGGAUGGAGCUGCUUGUGGCCACGGCGUCGUUGAGCAAAGAAGAAAUGCGAAGGAAGCUUUGUGAGCGGCUCGUGGACUUCCUGUACGAGCUGCAACCGGUGCAGUACCAGGACGCGAUGGAGAAACUUAAGACGGUGUGGAUUCAAGUUAUAGAAGACAAGGAUAUGCUUGUGCGGGUUGUCGUUGCACUGAUCAACAAGGUGCGCCUCGUCGGUUUUUGGAGGAACUUGCUCGACUCUCUGGUCAAGUGGCUCAAGCGGUGGUUCAAGUCUCCUCAGUUACCGUCUCUUAGGCAGAUGCACGAGCAUUUUGUUACUGACUGGGAGCCUUACGUGGAGUUAUCUCGGGUCGAGUGCUUCACCAACACGCCCAGCUCAGAGUCGGUGCCACUUCAUGUGACACUGUUCGAGUUUGGAGAAUUUGUUUUGCAAGCCUGCAUCAACGCUCGAGGGCCUACACCUUUGUUGUGGCGUAUCAUUCGUCGCACGUCUCCCAACUUCUUCUCGGAAGACUCGGAGUUGGUGCUAGACUCUGAAGCGCUAGGCCGUGACCCAGAAUUCUGGAUUCGAGGCCAAGUGAUCGUCAAGUACCAGCCAGUGGAUCGAGGAGGGGGCGUUGUAACGGAGGAGACGCGAAUCGAGUACCAGCAUUGCCGCCACCAGUAUUGCCCAAAGGACGAAGGCUGGGUGCACUACGAGGACCCCGUGCAUAACUACUACCGCCGCACAGUGUGUACCGUGAGCGGCAAGCUGUUCAUAUGGGGCGACCCGAUCUGCAGUUUGUACCAUCAAUUGCUCCAGACGACACUCUUCUGCAGCGCGCCGAACAACGUGACUCCGGAGGUGGCCGACAUCCUGGUCGUAUCGGGGAUGCAGCGGCUGCCUAUCGAUACGCUAGAGCUGGUGCUUCGGAGCGAUCGCCUUCGGAUCCCAGAAGGCGAGCGGACGCUUCUACGCUGCUUGAACAAGAUGGUGUUCGGCCUUGACGUUUACCACCUCGGGGGCGACGCUCAGCUGCCACGACCAUACAGCGGUCGCGUCGAGGAUGUGACGAGGCUGUACCGCUGUGCGCGCUGGUGUUUCGUGCCUCUGGACGACAUCAUGCAGACGCUGAGGUGGGCGCCCCGCACGUUGAAGCUGUACGAGGUCGUAGUCGAGAGUCUCAGGGACCCUAACCGGACCCGCAAGCGCCGACGCCCCUUUGGGUGGCGCAAGUUCAGUGACGCCUACAUGACGAACGAGACCAAUUUGAGCGAGUUCGAGAUCGAGGCGGGCGACCUCAACCUGGCACCGAUCGGAGCGGCCACGCUCACGGAGCUUAGCCCAACGGCUGCUGCUAUUAGCGGCAGGCGAUAG